AUUGUUUGUAUGCAUCCGCGUCAAAUAGCGCUAUAUCUGUAUUUCUGUGUACGCGGCAAUCCGACUAGUCGUAAAGAUAGAUUAAUGGCUGUUUUAAAACUGCUGUGCGCGUUAUUAUUGACGUCUAUUUUAUGCUUCGGUCUUAUUCGCAGUGAAGCAAAUGGACCUAAAGUUACUGACAAAGUGUUUUUCGAUAUUGAAGUGGAUCAUAAACCACUUGGUCGAAUAAUUAUCGGAUUGUUUGGUAAAACAGUGCCUAAAACAGUUGAAAACUUCAAGCAAAUUGCAAUUGGCACUCAACUGAAGGAUGGUCGAACUGCUUCAUACAGAGGAAGUGGUUUCCAUCGUGUCAUUAAGUCAUUCAUGAUACAAGGUGGAGACUUCACAAACCACGAUGGAACUGGAGGUUUUAGUAUAUAUGGUGAUAGGUUCCCUGAUGAAAACUUCAAAUUGAGACAUGUUGGUGCAGGCUGGCUGUCAAUGGCCAAUGCUGGUCCUGACUCGAAUGGAAGUCAAUUCUUCAUUACAACCAUAAAGACAUCAUGGUUAGAUGGAAAACAUGUUGUUUUCGGAAAAGUUGUAGAAGGAAUGAAUAUUGUUAGACAGAUUGAAAAUGAAACGACGGAUUCGAGAGAUAGACCUGUUAAGAGCAUCAAAAUAGCGAAUUGCGGACACAUUCCUGUGGAGACUCCGUUUUCGGUAACCAACGAUGAUGCUGUAGAAUAAACUAGUGUGAAUAAUCUCUCUUACUUUUUUGUAUUUAUGUACAUUCGUAAAUAUAAUUUGGUCAAGU